UACAACUAUUUUGUUUUGUAGAAAAAAAUUGGAUUGUUUGUUUAAAAUAAGUUAAUAAAAUAUAAUAAUAAUGGCGUCUUCUGCACAAGAGCGUCUGCCUUUGAAUCGAUUACCAUUGGAUAAGUGGACAACAAGGGAACAACUUUGUUUGGCUUCGGCAGUGUCAUGCAGCGGCGAUCAGAAUUGGAUGACGGUAAGUCGUACUCUGAAACUUGUUUGUGGAAAUGGCACCACAAACCGACCGGCAGACUGGUACUCUCAAAAGAAUUGUGCAGUGCAAUAUGGUCACUUGCUUGAAAAUGUUGAAACUCCAAAACGUAAAAAGCGUACAAGUGAAAGUGCAAGUGGAAUAUCCUCGCCUGCUGUGGUAGAGACACCAACCGAUUUAGUACUACGUCGCUUAAAUGAAGAGCGGGUGCAGGAAAUAAAAGCAGAAAUUCGCCGAGGUCAAGAAGAAUUUGCACUUAUUUAUAAAGAUUUAAAAGCUUUGCAGUCGGGAACACUAAGUGAAAAUGAGCUUCGUGAAAUGUUGGGGAAUAUUGAAUUACAACAGGAACAGGAGCGUGUCGAGGAAAUGAAAAUCGAAAAUCAAAUGCGUGAAAGGGAACAACAAAGAAUGGAAUUUCAACGUAAUUGGCGUACCCUGACACCUGCUACGCCGCCUAUACCUUCAACAGCACCGGCAAACGCCACUGAUACUGCAACGUUGGAUAUGGAUAUAGAAGACAUAGUUGGUGGAUCAAGCCCUUCUGGACAAUCUAUAAAUAAUUCCAAUAGCCAUUCUCAGCAAAAGCAGUCCACGGCCCAAACAGGUACUUCACCUUUAUUAUCUUCUCUUCUGAAAACUCCUACAUCUAAUGCUAAUGUAACAACAACAGUUUCCACAAAUAAUACAUCUGGCUCAGCGAAUAAUUUUACACGAUCAUCAGCACCUACAAUUACCACUCUCUUGACGUCUGGAUCUAUUCCCAAUAAAAACCAACCACUUAUUACUUUGAAAGCCAAUAUACCACCACAAAAAGCUGCACAAUUGUUAACGAGUCCAAUAAGUGGCCCGCCGUCAGUAGCAUCUGUUCCGGCUUCAAGUAUUGCACAACAAAAUUUAUUAAGCCCUUCUCAGGCUGCUCCAACUCUUUCAAUGUUGUUGGAAAAAAAUAAGGCUUCUGCAAAUGCAACAACAAACAUCGAAAAUCAGGGUGAAGGCUUAUCCCAUAAAGACUUCGAAAUCGUUGGUCAAACUCAAAUGCCAGUAAUAUCAAAUGUAUCUGAUUCUAACAAUGAUGAAAUUCCGAUGGAACUUGAUGACGAGAUCUCCUCGCAUGUUAAUGAUACAGAUUUAAAUAAAGCCAUUGUAAAUGAUUCUGAUGAUCCCGAUCCUAACGAGGAGCAACAACUGAUGGAAGUUUUUAAGAAUAUUGGAAACAUUGAUGAAUUGGAUAUAGAUGUGUCUGCAGUUAUAGACGAUGAAGAAGUAGAUUUUCUUAAAGACAUGGGUGCAGAUUCGCCACCAGAGAUGACAGAUGUGACAGAAUUUGAAAAUAAGGAAGAUCUAGUUGAAAACAAUUUAGUUACAACAAAUGACUUUAUCAAAGACAGCGAUGCGGAUAACAUUGAGAUUAAUGAAAAAGCAAAUAGUAAGACAGAUAGUGAAGGAGUGGGAACAACUCCUGUAGAAGCGAAUAGCACAACUGCGAAUAGCGGUGAUAACAGAUCUCGAAAAAUAGAAACAACAUCAAGUGACGACUCAAAUGAUAACAUACCAUUAGCAGCUGUAGCUUCAAUAGAACAGAGAGCAGCACAGGAAAAGGAGAAGGUAGUAGAUACAUCUUUAAAAAACGAGCGCAACGGAGAAAGUAAUGAAUCCAAUAAAGGCCAAGAUGACAACAACCCAAAUUCCUUCGAUGAAGAAAAGGAACAUGAUAAGUUAGAGAAGCAAUUGGCCGACUUAGUGGGCGCAAGUGAAAUGGAUGACCCAAAAAACCUAGGAGAAGACGGAAAGUCACCAUUAAUAAGUGAAUGUUCUGAUGUUAUAGUAAUACCAACCGAUGAUGAUGAUUCCAAUGGGGAUAAAGUGAAGGAAACCAAUGAGAAAUCCACUGUAGAUGAAGAGGCAGCGAAAAUCAAAAAGGAUUUGGAAACUGAAAUAGAUGCUAUUAUAGAUGAAUCAAGACAUUCUGCUGAUCAUCAUGAUGAAACAACAGAAGCAGAUAAAAUAUUCACCAGCCACGAAGCUGUCGCACCUCUUCCACCCAUAAUAUCUAUAGCAGAUACGGACGAGGACUCAUCCACUACUGAUGUUAGUAUCGUAACACGGAAAGAUGAUAAAUUGGGAACUUCCUCCAUUAAACAUAGUGCGCCCCAACCGCGUAAAAGUCUCCACGAGACACCACGUCAAGAUCAGCAAAACAAAACUGACGAUGAGUCGACUACACAAUUUUCCUCAUCCUCCUCUUCAUCAGUUACUCAAGCGCGCCAGCCGAUGCUAAGAAAAUUACGCGAUCGCGAUCGAUCUGAAAGUCCUAUGAUCGAUGCUGACUUGCACCCAGCAAAUAGUAGCGCCAUUACCUCGGUUAUUGAUAAUUUAAACAGUCAAAGACUGCGUCGUCGUUACUCAUCAACACCUGUCAAUGAUAGCAUACCAAAUUCACCUGCUUCUAGUGAUCGCGAACGUGAUGAAACAGAAACUCGUAUUUCCAAAAAGUCCUUAUUGAGCAUAUUUCAUGCACUUCAAUACAGUAAAAAUGCAAGUACGCUACAACGUUGCUUUCACGAAGAUCUACAAUUCGAUGAGAUUUGCUUGCGGCCGAUGGAUAUGCUCUCCAUUAGGAAACAAAUUGAAGCGGGCACCAUACGUAAUGUUAGCGAACUACAACGCGAUAUUUUGCUGAUGUGUCAGAACGGUCUGAUGUUAUUUAAACAAAACUCAACCGGAUUCAAUGCGGCAAGUGCAUUUAUGCAAGAAUGUCAAGGUAUUCGCGAGUUUGUGGUAAAUACCAAUAGUACAGAGAUUGUGGCACAGAGUAAGGACAACAAAGAAGUCAACAAGUCGUCAAAUACAAGUGGAACCAGCUCAAGAAAGAGUGGCUCGAGGAAAAGCCAACGUAUCAUCUUAACCUAAAUAUCAUAAAUUAAAUCCAAUGGAUAAAUGCAAAUAAAUAAAAAUAUAUAUAGUUCCAUUUAAUUUCGGUAAUCCUAGUACUC